AGCUCCUGCCACGCACGGUGAACAGCGCCUGAACCGCAGCGACCGAACACAAGCCAUGGCCCGCGCCUGGCCUGCAGGUGGCUCCUCCGGACUCCUGGUGCUCCUGGCCGCCCUGGCGGCGCUGUGCCUCCUGCAGAACGCCUUCGUGAGCCCUUCCGAAUCCAAGACCACCCUGCGUGGGGAGGAUGUGGCAAAGCUGGCCGCUGCCGGGGCGGUGCUGGCGCCGGAGGCCGCGCACGCACGACUGCCAGAGGAGUUUGUGAUCUUCGCGCCCAUCGUGGACGUGCUGCCGAUCAUCCCCGUCUUCUUCUUCUUGCUGGCCUUCCUCUGGCAGGCGGCAGUUGGCUUCCGAUGAGCUCGCGCUCGAGCGGCCUGCUUGUGGCGGGGGUUCCGCUUCGCUUUUUGUGGACCUGAGCACUAAGAGUACUCAGGGCAUCUGAGCGUGUGAAAGCGUGACAUUCCGAAACAAGACAAACC